AUGAUUAGGGGUGGGAAUCGUCAGUACAGCCCUCCGAUCACCAUGUCAAGUACCAUGGUGUAUGAAGAUAGAAAGAGAGAAGAAUGUGAAGUACAACUACAGCAUUUCCCGUUUCUGACGCGUGGUCUUUGUGCAGUGGUAUGCUACUAUGAUGCACAUCGUUUCAUCAGCGCAUCUGUCAGGGCUCUCGCAGAAUUGAAAAUCAACGAAGAGAUUCCGAAAUCAGAUGCGCUUACCAGCACCCUCAAUGCUCUACUUACCGAUACUGCAUUCGUUAAACGUCUGAUAGAAGUUCUGCAAACAGUGAGCGUGCAGACUGAGCUGCAGAAUCUUCAUCAGCCACAUGUGAAUGGACUGGGCGGCCCGAAACAUCAGGAAAUAUUACGUGAAUUAAUCGAAGAAAUUUUAACAAACUGUGCGCAUACGCUGUACCUCAUUUCAUCGUCGUGGCGAUUGGAUUCCGUCCCACCGUUUCUGGAUAAUCUGUUCACGCCGCUGAAAAAUUUGCAGCCAACAGCACUGUUCCAGAAUACGCAUCUGCCAUUAUGGAUCGCAGCGCUGAUACUAAUUUCGCCACACAAUCUUUUGAAUAGUAUGUUUCUUCAUCUCACUGCAUCUGCCCGUGACAGUAGUUUGCUCCCUGAUAUUUUCUUUUUUACUUUAAUUUGGCAUUUUCAGAGUCAAAUUUUACUAAACCCGUUAAUAAAGUUCGCUCCCGAAGAGUUUUUUUGUUUCUCGUUUAGCUGUCUUUUGUACCCUUUUGGCGGAACUCCCACCUUUUAUUUCUUUGGAAUUUUUCUUUUUCGCAUAACCGGAUUGUAG